UCGACGCACGCAAGCGCAAAUGGCUCUAAAAGUCCAACUCCAAACCUAGACUAGACUAUCCCGCCGCAGCCGAGCGCGACGCCGCCGCCCCCUCCCGACCCGUCCCGUCCCGCGCCGCGCCGGGCCGGCCCCUCCCUCCGUCCGCCGGAUCCUCCACCCGCCGCGGCGCCGCCCCUCUACCGGUCGAGCGGAGCGGAGAUCCGUGGUCGGUCUCGUCGUCUGCUGCUGGUUUGUAAUGAAAAGUUGCGCUUGUUAGGUUCAGGAGUUUUGGUUGGAAGUCUGUCAUGGGUUCAGGAAACCUGCUCAUGAAGAAGGUGGUAAGGCACAGUUCUUUUGACCUGGACAUACAGCUUGAUAAGAGUUGGAUGGAGGAUGUUACUUGCCCUAUCUGCCUUGAUUACCCUCACAAUGCAGUCCUACUGAGAUGCACGUCUUAUGAGAAAGGCUGCAGGCCAUUUGUCUGUGAUACAGACCAGACCCGCUCAAACUGCCUCGAGAGAUUUAAGGGUGCAUAUGAGCUGCCUGCCAAUGUGAAAGUUUCUUCGUUGGCUGUGCCUCCUCUCGAUAGUAUUAUUCAUAUUGUGCCAUCUAAUGCAAACAACCACCCAAGCUGCCCUUUGUGUAGAGGUGAUGUUAUUGGAUGGAUUGUUAUCGGUGAGGCUCGGAUGCAUCUUAACCAGAAGAAAAGGUGCUGUGAAGAGGAUUGCUGUUCGUUUGUUGGUAACUUCAAUGAGCUUCAGAAGCACACACAACAAAAGCAUCCAGAUUCACGCCCUUCAGAGAUUGAUCCUGCUAGGCAAGUUGAUUGGGAGAACUUCCAGCAAUCUUCUGAUAUCGUAGAUGUGUUGAGCACAAUACAUGCACAAGUUCCCAAUGGAAUUGUUCUGGGAGAUUAUGUGAUUGAGUAUGGAGAUGAUGACACUGGAGAGGACUAUGAAGUUUUCCGCAGGGUCAGGACAAACUGGUGGUCAUGUAUAUUUUGCAAGGCAUUUUCAAGGUCUUCAAGAAGCCGUAGAAGAGCAAGAGCGAGGGAAAGAAGAGGAAGGAGGAGUGGCAAUCAGGCUAAUCUGGAAAAUUUCAAUCUCGAGGUUCCAGCACAAUCUGUUGAAUUAAGGGAAAUCAGAUUUGAUGAAAUUGAUGAUGAAUACAUAGUAACAGGUGCUAUUCCUAGUAUCGCAGCACCUGGAAGAAUGGCUAGUUUCCAUUACAGAGAUACAAGAUAUGGACGUUGAUUCAUAGAAUCCAUGGUUAAAAAGAAAAGGAAGAAUAGCUGUUAUGCGAUGUAUCCAUCAUCGUAGCCAUUGUACCUCCGCUCAUUUGAAUUUCUUUUGCACCUCUGUCCUCGGUAGGCUCUGCCCCAGUUUAAACUUAUCUGUGCAUAAAAAGUAGCAACAGAACCCUGCUGUUCGUUUGCAACAGGCCUCAUCAUCCUAGUUUUAUUUUUGUAUAUAUAUUUAGCACCCAUCUCUAUAGGAUGUUGGUGACAGUUCUUUUCUCCAUGCUUCUUCUUUGAUGUAGCGCAGCUUUACAUAAAUCCCCAAAACAAACUUGAGUUCAAGGAAUUUUUUGGAGACUUCUGUCU